AUGGACACAAUUCGUGAAAAACACAAAUGUCUCAUCAAUGGACUCACGCACCUUUUCGCUCUAUUUGUCAAAGCCCAUUAUAUCUCCUCCACUGAUGUCCUGUAUCCACCUCAGGAUGUUGAUGUCGGACGUUUUCACAGACUCGGAUUUGAACCUGAAGUGAUUGAUCUCGUCCAGCUCCUGCCAGUGCUUAGAGAUGAAGCGAUCUGGGGAUAUAAUGAGGAAGGGGUAGAAAUGAUUCCUCGCGCCAAGCUGGUCAAUUAUUUGAAACAGCUAGAAGCAGAUGUUGGAGACGACAUGUUGCAGCGCUUGCGAUGGGUCGACCAUAGGGAUAAGGAUCGGCAGGGGAUCUUUCCUCCGUCUAUCCUUCGACUAACAUUCCCUGCUUUUUAUGGAGUAAAUGUGCUGUAUGACGUCCAUAACCAGACUAUAAUAGAAUGGUGCCACCUGAAUCAGAAGCAGUGGCAAGACUGCCCCCGCCAACCAUGUGAAGUUUUCUUCUCGAAGGUCUUCGAGAAAUUUAACACUCUCGAAUACGUCCCAUUCUUUGACCCGGAUGGCGAAGCAGAAGUUCCGAUACGCAAAAUUAUGGAAAACCCCAUUCUAUUCCAGAAUAUUUGGCCCGGCGGAGUCCGCCUUCCAACUGACCCCCAGGCUGCUAUUCAGCAAUAUGGGGAGAAUCGAGAUGGCCGGGAUCUCAUACGUCGUAAUAUUAACGAAUGGAGGGCUUUACAGAAGCUCUAUCGCGACGCUGGCUGGGAGAGCGAAUUCAACGGAGAGCUUUUCGACAAUAGACGAAGGGAUUUAUUACGAAUGAUGGACGAUUUCCAGGACCAAUCCAGCGAAUGGAGCAUGAUUCCACCACAUAGGCGAACGCAGGAUGAGCGAAUCGCUGAGCGGGAGUUUCGUCAACGGCAGGACGCGUUUUGGGCUGAAAGCGCGGGAGAGUAUUAUGUCUGA